UGUAACCAAUAAUGCUACAAGAGUUAGAAAAGGCAUUUGCUUGCCAAUUUAUUAACGGGUAAGCAGCUGAACUUAAUCUUAACAGCACACCCAAUCAUCUGCUUUGCCACAGCUUUGUUGACCUAACAUCCCUAUUUAAAACUGCAUCUAGCACUAUCCCACUACUGGCCAUUUACAUGACAUGUACUCCAUGAUCACUAGUUGUGUGGUUCCACGCCUCAUAGCUCAGCCAUGGCUGCCUUGAGGUGCUACUCAUCUACUGCUGCAAUCAUAGUCCCAAGGAGGAAGAUCUGCGCAAGAGCUUCCAUGGAUGGCUGCUCCAGUUCCGAAUCGAGGCGAGCUUCUAGUUCGGUCAGCGUCACCUGCAAGGUGCACAAGGUUUAUGAAGACAAAAACAUGGGCAUCCUCUGUUACACCGACGAGAAUGGUGAAUUGGUGUGCGAGGGCUUGGAUGAAGGCCCGAGACUAACGCGGCGAGAUAUGGAGAAAUUGACCCGAGAGAGAGAACCGAAGAGCACGGCAGAAGAUUGGCGGGAGAGAGCGCUGCGGUUCGCGGGUGGGGUCGACUGGAGCGGCCUCCAGCCUGCUGCUGGCACGGCAAAGGAGACUGGAAGCUGGCUUCAAGCUUAGCCGGCCCGUAGAUCCAUGAAUCUCGUGGUGAUGUCUCUUCAAGUCUUCGUGGAAACGCUGUCUGUUACUGUUAUGCGUAGAUCGAUCCCCAUGGUUGCUUGCUUGAUCUGUAUGUACAAUAAGGAUCUUAUUACUUGUAGGUAGGAAGUAAGGAUUGGAGAAGGCUGGAGGCUGAUCAACUCCUACUCUUUUUGUUUCACUCUCUGCUGAAUAAGAAAUGAUUCAGACUCA